AUGGCCGCCAUUCCAUCCCUUCCAGCUACCCUAAGCCCUCCUCUGAGCGGCCGUGAUGCUGUAGCCGAUGCCCUGUACCGACUCAUCUUGGGCCUCGAUUCCAAUGACAAGGAUCUCUUCGACUCGGCCAUCACGGACGACAUGGCGUUUACAGUCAACGGAAAGACUACGCAAGGCCGGGAGGCCAUACACAGUGAACUCUUCGGCAGAAUCGGCAAACUCGACACCACCCAUCACAUAACUAACCUGCGGAUCAACAUCUUGGACGGAGAGAAGAAGGCCUCUCUGACCGCAAUCGCCCUGGCCCAGCAUUACAACGAGGGCAAGGGGAUGGCUCCGGAGCAGCCAUACCUGCUCAUUGGUAGUCUGUAUCGCAUCGAGCUCGUCAAGGGCGAAUCAGAUGGGCAGUGGAGGGUUGAGAAGUUUGACAUGAAGACAAACUGGGCCCAGGGAGAAUGGAGCAUUCUGCUGGGUAACUGA